CCCUAAAAAGGAGGAGGAGGAAGAAGAAGAAGAAGAAGAAGAAGAUAGUCCAUGGAUGCCAAGGCUGAAUCAGGAGCAUAUAAUGUUGUGUAUGAAGAUAUUGAACCAUUUUUUGAAUGGCAUUCAAACCAUGAUUCUCACGUCCUCGUUCUUUUGCUGCCAGGAUUUAGAAGGGAUCAAUUGAAGAUUCAAGUGACUUCGGCUCCGAUCCUAAAGAUAAGUGCUCAACGACAGAUCGGCGGGAACAGAUGGCGUCGUGUUUAUAAAGAAUUCUCAAUUCCUUCUGAUUGUAACUCAGACGAAAUCGCCGCCAAGUUUGAAGCUGGCACUCUCAAGAUCAAUUUUCCCAGACUCAUUUCUCCAUCGUCUAAGUCCCCGGAAAGAGAUGACGAUGCUGAGAAAAAUGGCGCUAAAUUAGAGGAUCCAGCAAAACUAAAGAGUGAUGGUCAAGUCUCUGACGCAACCCAGAAAGUGGAUGAACCAGCAAGAGAUGAUGAUCUUACAAAGGAAAAGGGAAAAACUGAUGAUGGGGGUAGUGAGAAAAACACUGUUCGUCGUCAAGAGGAUUUCACGAGUGCUGAUGAAGUUUCUGGGAAAACCAAGCAGAAAGAAAAGGAAGCUGCAGCAGCAAGUGAUGGUUUUGCAAAGGAAAAGGGAAAAAUAAAUAAUGGGGUUCAUGAGAAAAGUGUUGUUCAUCAAGAGGGUCAAGAAAAAGCAAAGAGUGGUGAUGAAGUUUCUGGGAAAACACCAUCACGAAGAACCAAUAAUGUCCCGAGAUUGAAGACUCGGCUUCUAGAUUUCACUCUCAGUUUAAGGCCACCAUCAUCAGCUGCUGAACAGGAGGAUUAUUAUAAGAAAGCAGUUGCUGAUUUGGUGGCCAGGUUGAAGAAAAUGAAGAAUCUGAUGAACUUGGUGGUUGCAUUCUUGGUUGUGGCGUUUGUGCUAUAUGUUAAGAAUGCAUACAAGCCAUCUCUUGAAGGAUUAUCAGAAGAACAAGAGUUGUGAACCCCUUCCUGAUCAUGCAAAGACAUCGAAACAGAAUCUUCCUUCCAGUGAGAUGUGCCCAAAUCGUUCAUAUACGGGAGAUGAACCCGUUAGUGAAGGCCCAGUUUAUGUCCUGAGAUGUGAGACCAGAAUCAGGAUAACAUGCAGAAAACAUAUUUACUUUUUGGCAGAAGGGAGGAAACCCCAUGACCAUGAGCAAAGCUCUGUCAAUUUACUAUUUUGCCUUCAAGCCUCCACACAGUCACACAUAUAUCAGAAGGAGGAGAGCAUUGAGGUUCUCUGUCACUUUGAAUGGAGAUGGACCUUACAUUUAUGACCUUGCAUUGUUGAGCACAUGGGUGUUCUAAUGGUUCAUCUCCCAAAUAUAACAAAUAUGUUUCUGCGCCUUUGUUUUUUAUACUUGACUUGACCUCCU